CUUGAAUCAUUGCUGGAUUUAAAACCAUUUAUUGGAUGUGCACCACAACAAGGAUCAUGUUGCUACUCAUUAUCGUCUGAAUUAAAACAACCUCCCGAUUUAUUUUUGUUAAACCUUACAGCAUCUCACGUAAGCUCAAAAAAAAACAAUAAUAUAUAUAUAGCUCAAAUUGGACUUCCUCCAAAAUAUAUAGUACAAGACAAUCCAUCAUCUCCUCUUUCAUUUGUUCAUUGUCAAAAAACUGUAAAAACUGGCACGUUAGAACCUGUUUAUGAGUGUGAAUCAAGAGACAAGGAAAUUUUCUUUAUACAAAUCCUAGUAAAAUUCCCACAAGAAAGUAACAAUGGUACAACUAAUAUGCAAUUGCCUGAUGUAAAUGUCACUAUAUUUGGUGAUAGAUGUGAACAAAGGGCUGUUUGUCAAGAUUUGGCAUCAUUAAAUGAAAAUCAGAAUUCUGAUAAAAUUUCACUGGGUCCAAUGGGUACUUGGCCAAAAUAUUCCGUUAUAAUAGGUGGUUGUAUUUUAGGUCUGGCAUUAGUGGGUUCUCUUUACCUGGUUUAUAAAAGAAAUAAAUCAAGUGAAAGCGGUGAUUCCCAUACAAGAGAUAAGCCUGGGAAAAAAGAUUCAAUAUUUUCUCCUAAUUCACUUUUAGAUUCAGGCGAUAAUCAAGAUGACGACAAUAAUGAUAAUCAUAGACCAAAAAACACUUUGAUAAAUCUAGACGAAUCCAAAAUUAAACAACUAGAAUCAUAUGUUGAUGAAGGUGGAAUUGUAAACACAAAAUCUGUGUCACCAAGAUUAAGUUUAGGUUCAGAUAAUCAUGAAUUUGUACCAGCCUCUUCUUCUGUUGUUAUCGAAGUUGAUAAAGAUUCAUCGUUGUUUACAUCCAACAACAACAACAGCAGCAAUCGUCACAGUAGUCACAGUAAUAGAUCUUCUAGAAGUCAUUCUAACAGACUAUCAAAAGUUGAUCAUCAGAACCUAACCUCGGCCAGGUCACGAAACAUAAAAGGCAGUGGAAGCGAUCAUCGCGACGGAAAAGAUUCGUUGAGUAUUUCCAAUUCCAAUUCAUCAUCAUCUAAAAAUAAAAAUAAUGCCCCCGAAUUGCACCAUAAAUUUUCUACAAAAACCCCAUCACAUGAUGACAAAAAAUACAAUAACAAUAAAGAAAGAUCAAAAUCAUAUCAACGAAAAAAUAAAUCUAAAAAAUCACUGUCAAAACAAUCUGGUGAAAAGGCGGCGAAGGAAGAAGAGGAUGAAGAUGACAAACCAUUAGGACAAAUAUUAUCUUUAAAAAAUCUAAACGGUGAGAAUAAUGGCGUUAGUAUUGUUGAUGAUUUUUUUGAUUCAGUGUUUGAUGAAACUUUAGCAGCUUAUUCAGAUUCAGAUUCAGAAAAGGCUAAUAGUAAGAAUAGGAUUGUUAUUGAUGGUGGUGAAGAAGAAAACACAACAAAAGACAAAAGGCUUAAUAAUGAAAAAGAGCAAAUUAUAGAGAGUGAUGACGAAAUACCUAUUGGAAAAUUAAAGAGAUGA